GGCUGGUCGUGGGAGCGCGCGGGAGCUCGCGGCGGUACGCUGCAGACCCGGGGACACGGCGCGAGGAGGGACGCGACUGGGUGCCGAUGGCUUUCGCACUGCUGCGCCCCGUCGGCGCGCACGUGCUGUACCCGGACGUAAGGCUGCUGAGCGAGGACGAGGAAAACCGCAGCGAAAGCGACGCGUCGGACCAGUCGUUCGGCUGCUGCGAAGGCCUGGAGGCGGCGCGGCGCGGCCCGGGCCCCGGGGGCGGGCGGCGGGCGGGCAGCGGCGCGGGCCCCGUGGUGGUGGUGCGACAGCGGCAGGCGGCCAACGCGCGGGAACGGGACCGCACGCAGAGCGUGAAUACGGCCUUCACGGCGCUUCGCACGCUCAUCCCCACCGAGCCGGUGGACCGCAAGCUGUCCAAGAUCGAGACGCUGCGCCUGGCGUCCAGCUACAUCGCGCACCUGGCCAACGUGCUGCUGCUGGGCGACGCAGCCGACGACGGGCAGCCGUGCUUCCGUGCGGCCGGCAACGCCAAGAGCUCAGUCCCCGCGUCCGCCGCCGACGGCCGCCAGCCGCGCUCCAUCUGCACCUUCUGCCUCAGCAACCAGCGCAAGGGGGGUGGCCGUCGUGACUUGGGAGGCAGCUGCUUGAAAGUGAGGGGGGUGACCCCGCUUCGAGGGCCACGGAGAUGAGCCUGAGCCAUUGCAGCAUUUGUUCCAAGUAGGACUCUGGAGAAGGAAGCUAGCUCCUGGCUGGGCAGGGGAGAAGACCCCAGGUGCCGGACCCAUCCCUUUUCUGUAGGGACCAGAGAACAAUGGCCUGAGCAGGGUCUUUUGGGGAAGGCCCCUGGUAUAUCUCCAACCCACCCUGGAGACCUAUGAGGACCCAUCCAGCUUAUCCAGGCCUAGCUGCUCAGAGACAUCAGAAAACCAAAGACUUGUGACCUAUAAAGGGUGUGUGUGUGUGUGCAUGAGCAUGGAUGUACGUGAGAGAGAGAGAGAGAGAGUUGGUGGAAUUUGAAAUAAAAGUAUUUUUAAAUAAGA